UUAAUUUCAGUGGCGAGUGGCUGGAAAAAGACAAUGGUUUCCAUGUCAGCGGAUAAACGCGCUCCCUUAGCUGCUAGACUAGAGGGAGGACGUAGUAGUGAGUGUAUACAGAGACGCGAGGAAGCUAGUAAAGCAGUUGGUGACCGACAGUGCAAGAGCCAUGCUGCGCCGGGGUCUAGUGGCUGGGCCAGACUUUGAGCAUUUCCGUCGUCGCUAUUUCACGCCAGCAGAGGUUGCCGAACAUAACCAUCCCGAAGACCUCUGGGUGUCUUACCUGGGAUAUGUGUACGACCUAACGCCACUGGUUCAGGAAUAUAAGGGGAACCUGCUGCUGAAACCCAUCGUGGAAGUUGCAGGUCAGGACAUCAGCCAUUGGUUUGAUCCUAAGACCAAAGACAUCCGUAAGCACAUAGAUCCUCUGACCGGCUGCCUGAGGUACUACACCCCGCGGGGCCGCUUUGUGCACGUUCCGCCCCUGCUGCCUCGUUCGGACUGGGCCAACGAUUUCGGGAAGCCCUGGUGGCAUAGGUCUUUUUAUGAGGUGGGGCGGCUGUCUGCCAAGACCCGGAUCAUCCGCAUCAUUAAUACGCUUACAUCGCAGGAGCACACGCUGGAGGUGGGUGUCCUGGAGUCAAUGUGGGAAAUCCUGCACCGCUAUCUCCCCUAUAACGCGCAUGCUGCCAGCUACACGUGGAAAUAUGAAGGGAAGAACCUGAACAUGGAUUAUACCCUGGAAGAGAAUGGGAUCCGGGAUGAGGAGGAAGAAUUUGACUUUCUCAAUAUGGAUGGUACACUCCACACACCUGCAGUACUGCUGUACUUCAAUGAUGACCUCACAGAGCUAUAGGAAAGGAGAUGUAUGCUCAUGUAUGCUCAAGACAUAUUUUGAGUAUGGUUUUUUCUGUGCCUUAAGGAAAAGAGGUGGGGACUGGGGGGUGUCUGGACUUAGACUUCCAUUCCCCUCUGGGAACUUGCCUGUGGUUCCCAUGCCUUUCUGAAAUACAAAGGUCCUAUUCCCCAACUCCAUAAUAAUUUGCUCUAAGAAACUUAAGAAGAAUGCUAGAAGUGAAUUAAUCUUUAAGAAUGAUACAGGAAGAUGAAGAAUUUUGGAUUAGGGAGAGGUAGAAGAGGUUAGUCAGAGCUCAGGCAGAGCUGUUUGAUAGAGAAAAAUCCUACAGGGAUGAAGGAUUGAAGAACUUUUUUUUUCUUUUUUUUUUUAAAGCAAUAAUAGAAAUAAGAUGACUGCAGUAAGAGGGGAUUUACAAAGAGAGGAAUAGGAGAUGUCUUAGCAUUGACCAAAUAAAAUCAGCUCCUCUUCUACAGGAGUGUUCAGCAGCUAAAACCUAAGAGACAGAAAGUAAGUGGAUGGUUGUCAGGUAAUUCAGGCUAGAUGUUAUGCUAGGUGCUUUAUAUACCCUAAGACAGCUAUCUUAUAAGGUGGAUAUCAUUACUACCAAUUUGCAGAAAAGUCUUUUGAAACUCAGAAAAGUUUAAUAGCACAAAGGCACAUCAGUUAGUAAUCACCAGAGUAAGGAUGCAAAUCCAAGUCUGUUCAACACUAGAGUUUAUGUUCUUCUCAAUACAAAGGGACUAUCUCAAUGUCUAAUCCAGGGGUCUUCAAACUUUUUAAACAGAGGCCAGUU